GGUACUAGCAACCCUGUGAGGCAGUGGGGAAGACUUCAGAUGAUACAUUGCCAGUAACAACCGUAGGCUUAACAUAUACUAUAAACAAUUAAAAAAUGGAUCACUCCGCAAAAGAACAGGAGGCUAUGGCUUUGGUGGCAGAGGCAGAUAAGAAAAUGAAGUCACCAGGGACGUUUUUGGGGACGUUAUUUGGGAGUUCUUCAAAGGCCGAAGAUGCCUGUGAUAUGUAUGUAAGAGCAGCAAAUAUGUUCAAAAUGGCCAAAAAUUGGAAUGCGGCAGGUAAUGCUUUCUGCAAAGCUGCCCGACUGUACCUACGAGUGGACAACAAAUUAAAUGCUGCUGUGAGCUUUAUUGACGCAGGAAAUGCCUUUAAAAAAUCGGACCCUGAAGAGGCAGUGAAAUGUCUUGGCCAGUCGAUUGAGAUUUACACUGAUAUGGGGCGUUUCACAAUUGCAGCUAAACAUCAUGUUACCACUGCUGAAAUAUAUGAAAGUGAGCUGCUGGACAUUGAGAAGGCUGUUGCCCAAUAUGAACAAGCAGCUGACUAUUACAAAAUGGAAGAGGCUACCAGUGCUGGCAAUAAAUGUCUCAUGAAAGUGGCUACUUAUGCAGCUCAACUGGAACAGUACCAGAGAGCUAUUGAAAUCUAUGAGCAGAUUGGCACCUAUGCAAUGGAUAGCACUUUGCUUAAGUAUGGUGCGAAAGAUUACUUCUUCAAAGCAGCACUAUGUCACUUUUGUGUAGACAUGCUGAAUGCAAAGUUGGCCAUUCAGAGGUAUGAGGAAAUGUUCCCAGCUUUCUCCGACUCCAGAGAGUGUAAACUUGUCAAGAAACUCCUGAAUGCACAUGAAGAAGAGAGUGUUGAUGCUUACACUGAUGCUAUAAAGGAAUUUGACUCGAUCACCAAGCUGGAUCAAUGGCAGACCACCAUGUUACUCAGAAUCAAGAAGACCAUCCAGGACGAUGAGAGUGACCUGCGCUAACGCUCCUUGCGUUGCCGGGUGACCCCCCACCCCAUCCCACUCCCUUUUUCGUAUCUUUGUCUUAAUGUUUACACCUUUCAAUGGGAACUGCACUCAUAGUUUUCAAAUGUGGCAUGUAUAGGUAAUGUUUCCAAAGAACAGUAGUAUACAGUAUGUUUUGCCACACAGAGCAGAGCCAAGUGCUGCUUAUGCAAAUUCUUUAUGCUUGUUAAAGACACAGUAUUGGUUCUGCAAGGGAACAAGCUGGCUUCUUUUUUUUUAAUUCUCAACCAUUACUUUUGUGGCAAUUUACUCGCCAUUUAGGGGUCCACCUACUGUUAAUAUUUUUGCAUCACCUGGGUGGUUACAUCAAAAAAUGCCAAAUUGUUAGCGCCCCAUUUUGAGCCUUUUUGUAUGAUUGAGUGCAGUUGAGUGGACUUGGUUUAAAAUGUAAUGUAAUGUUUGCAAUGUUUAUCUAGAUCUAGAAAAACAUUGCAAACCAGGCUUUCAUGUAAGCUGGGUUUUGUUCACUUUAUUUUACCUGACAUAGUGUUUUGCCAUAUUGCCACAUAGCUGCAAAGUUAGCAUCAGUAAAACUCACCAACUGUCAUCAAGUGGGAAUACAUUUUAAUUGGAGCGGUUGCCAACUCAACUAACAUUUUUGUACAAGAGAAAGGCUAGAAACAGUAGUAAAUGACCCUUUCAAAGAGGCAUGGGAUGAAGAAUUCCAAACCUAUCCUUAAUUCCUGUCUUUGCAAGCUACCCCUAAGCAUCUUCAGACUCUGUAGCAUCCUUGCAGACUUUUUUACUAUACAAGAGCACGUACUGCACACUAAAUAGCCUGCAUCUAUUUAGUGUGAUCUGUUCUGCAUGAUAUAUUUCCAUAUAGAGAACAUUCUUUAUCAUAGGCAGAGUUAUAAAAGUCUGAAAACAACAGAAACAGAAAACAAAAGUCCUACCAUUGUAUUGGGGUCCACCUGUGCACUUAAGACAGGUGAUUUCACAAAUUAGCUGAUCUACCUUAACCUGACUCUCGCCAGAUGAAUUUCGUUCCGCUAGGCAGAACGGAAUUCAUCUGGCGAGAGUCAAGUUAGAUCUACCUGGCUGAAGACUGAAGACCUGGCUGUGGUAAUUCACAU